AUGCCCUCCUCUUCCCGCCCCUCGGCGUCACUCAACAUGCCCCGAUGCGCCACGUCGACGCCCGCGCGAUGGCUCUCCCUCGGCGCCGCCGCCUUCUUGACGCUUGUGUUCUGCGCCUCGACCGCUUCGGCACUGCCUACAAACCAACGACGUGCUGCAUUAGCUGAACCUCUGUUCGCUCGUGCCUCGGCCCAACUUGGGCCCGAUGAGCCCCUGGAGCGCCUGCGCCAACGUCGAAAUGCCGCCGCCGCCAACCUUGUGCUCGCCGACCGACAGCGCGCUGCCCGAUCAAACUCCAAGCCCAUCGUUGUCGAGCGAAGCAUCCCCAAGCGUGUCGUCCCCAACCCCAAGAGCGCCCCCAAAGGUUCCGCCUUUGCCAAGCGAGCACCCGAGCCAAGAGCGAUCACCAACCCCAAGGCCUGUGAAGAACGGGUCGCGUCAGUAGCCCAGUCUUCCGGUUUCCGUCGGUCACUCUCGUCGUUUGCUGGCCGCUUCUUUGGUAACAUGGUGGAAAGGCGCGCGCCUGUGGCGUUCCGUGACUUCACCAAGCCUCGGACGAUUCCUAAUCCAAAGUCGCCAACGUUCAAGACUUCGUGAGUUUGCUCAUGCGGGCUCUAUGACAAUUUCUACCCGCGUCAGAAUCGCUUUCAGGGCUCCAUCCUUCUCCCGUCUCUUUGUGAUCAAGAUUCCUGACAUUCGAGGGCCUUUCUUCACCCAUAGGGCAACAACGACGAUGAAGUCUGCAACUCCUAGGACUACGACGGCUGCCAGCACAACGUCAGUCGACUACAUUUGCUGCGCAUUCCGUGUUUGCUCGCGAUCGUGCUACUAACAUCUGAAGCUUUUUGUGCUUCCGCGCAUCAGCACCACCAAGGCAUCUACUACCACCAAGUCCACGACCAAGAGUACGACGACGACGACGACGACGACGACGACGACUACGACUACGACUACGACGGUCAAGGCAACCACCGUCCCCCCUGCGGCCACGACGACCGCUGCGGGUGCGGUUUGGCCCAAAGUCGAUAGCAUGAUCUCUGGCGCGUACUACCCCGAUUGGCAAGGUGACACGCUCCCCCCGGCCAACAUAAAUUACAAGAUGUUCGACUUGAUCCACUUUGGUACGUCUUGCGUCUUCGUCCAACUUGUCUCUGUUGAACCGGAUACUUACCUCGGGAUGGGCCCCUUGCUCGUGUAGCCUUCGCGGUACCCUACGUGAUCUCGACCGACAACUACGGUGUCAAGUUCUCGCAAUGGAACUCGGAAACGCUCUUGGCCGAACUCAUCAAGAGGGGCCACGCCAACGAUACCAAGGUUGUCAUCUCGAUCGGUGGUUGGACCGACUCAGGCAAGUUCUCCAAUGCUGUCUCGACUCGCACCCGUCGCAACAACUUUGCCAAGAACAUCGCCGCGAUGGUUACACGAACGGGCGCCGAUGGUGUCGAUAUCGAUUGGGAGUAUCCGGGCACUGAGGGUGCUUCGGGCAAUGCGAUCUCCGCGGACGACACGGCCAACUUCCUCUUGUUCUUGCAAGAUCUCCGCCGCGUCCUUCCUACGUCCCGACUCUCGACUUGCACAACACAGCAACCAUUCAUUGAUGCCCACGAAAAUCCUCUCGCCAACGUCUCGGCUUUCGCCACCGUUCUUGAUGGUAUCCUCGUCAUGAACUACGAUGUUUGGGGAGCAUCGCCGAGCCCGGGUCCCAACGCCCCGCUCGAGAACGCGUGCCCCAACUCGAACCAGCCUUUCGCGAACAUGAACAGCGCAAUCCAGAGUUGGACCCUCGCCGGUAUGCCCGCGAGCAAGAUCUUGAUGGGUGUCCCCGGCUACGGCUAUGUCUCGGCGUCGUCCAAGACGACCCUGAUCAACAAGCGCUCUAUCGACGAUGAAUCCUCCGAGGACGCCGGUCGCGAGCUCCUUCAGACCGCCGGUGCCCGCCGCAACAUCGCCGAAGCUCUGACGCGCCACAUGAGUGUCUUCCAUCGCUCGUACCUGGAAGGCCAAGAAAAGGCGAUGCGUCGUCGCGCCAAGGCCAAGCGGGCCGCUCGUGGUGGUGACGUCUUCACCCAGGCUUCGACGGGCUCGGAAGUUGUCAAGGUCGUAACCAAGAACAACGAGACCAUCAUCUACUGCCCUGGUGAUCACUCUGGUAGACCAUGCGAAGGUGUCCAAGGUCAAAACAUCUCGACGAUCAAUUGGAACCCGCUUAACGGCACCAAGAACGGCACGACUGGCAACGGCACCAGCUCCGGUGGCGUUUUCGGCGGCAACGUCGGCCACACCAAGCUCGGCAAGGGCGAUCUCACCGGUCUCGAUGGCAACCAAAUCGCCUUCUGGGAAAUGAUCAACUACGGCGUGCUCGUCAAGAAGAAUAAUGCCUACGUCGGAACGAACGGCUACACCCGUGCUUGGGACAAGUGCUCCUCGACGCCUUAUUUGUACGACGUCUCGAGGAAAACGGUCAUCACGUACGAUGAUCCUCAAUCGUUGCAGCUCAAGGGUGUCCUCGCUCGUCAAAAGGGUAUUCAGGGAACAUUGAUGUGGGAGAUGUCGGAGGAUACGGUUGAUUUCCAGUUGACGCAGGCCUUGCAAUUGGGUAUGGGUCUCCGAGCGACCGGGUGA